ACCAAAGACACACAAACAUUGCAUUUACACAAAGAGAGAAAAAUGAGAGAAAUUCUUCACAUUCAAGCAGGCCAAUGUGGCAACCAAAUUGGUGGCAAGUUUUGGGAAGUGGUGUGCGCAGAGCACGGCAUCAACGAGCUCGGAAACUACGUGGGGACGUCGAAAAAUGAGCUCGAGAGGGUCAAUGUUUACUACAAUGAGGCUAGCGGAGGGAGGUACGUGCCUCGGGCGGUGUUGAUGGACCUCGAACCUGGCACCAUGGACAGCCUCAGGACCGGUCCUUACGGCAAGAUUUUCCGUCCCGAUAACUUCGUCUUCGGCCAGAAUGGGGCCGGUAAUAAUUGGGCCAAGGGCCACUACACCGAGGGAGCCGAGCUCAUCGACUCCGUUCUCGAUGUUGUCCGUAAAGAAGCUGAGAACUGCGACUGCUUGCAAGGAUUUCAGAUAUGCCACUCGUUGGGAGGCGGCACAGGGUCCGGGAUGGGGACUCUCCUCAUCUCAAAGAUCCGAGAAGAGUACCCGGACCGCAUGAUGCUGACAUUCUCCGUGUUCCCCUCGCCCAAGGUCUCCGACACAGUGGUGGAGCCCUACAACGCCACCCUCUCCGUCCACCAGCUAGUCGAGAACGCCGACGAGUGCAUGGUCCUCGACAACGAGGCCCUCUACGACAUCUGCUUCCGCACCCUCAAACUCACAAACCCAAGCUUUGGCGAUCUGAACCACCUGAUCUCGACAACGAUGAGCGGGGUGACAUGCUGCCUCCGGUUCCCGGGGCAGCUGAACUCCGACCUCCGGAAGCUAGCGGUGAACCUGAUCCCGUUCCCGCGGCUCCACUUCUUCAUGGUGGGAUUCGCGCCACUGACGUCGCGCGGGUCCCAGCAGUACCGGGCGCUGACGAUCCCGGAGCUGACGCAGCAGAUGUGGGACGCGAAGAACAUGAUGUGCGCGGCGGACCCGCGGCACGGGCGCUACCUAACGGCGUCGGCCAUGUUCCGGGGGAAGAUGAGCACGAAGGAGGUGGACGAGCAGAUGAUAAACGUGCAGAACAAGAACUCGUCCUACUUCGUGGAGUGGAUCCCGAACAACGUGAAGUCGAGCGUGUGCGACGUGCCUCCGACGGGGCUGGCGAUGUCGUCGACGUUCGUGGGGAACUCGACGUCGAUACAGGAGAUGUUCCGGCGCGUGUCGGAGCAGUUCACGGUGAUGUUCAGGAGGAAGGCGUUCCUGCAUUGGUACACGGGGGAGGGGAUGGACGAGAUGGAGUUCACGGAGGCGGAGAGCAACAUGAAUGAUCUGGUGUCGGAGUAUCAGCAGUAUCAGGAUGCGAAUGCUGAUAAUGAGCAGCAGGACUAUGAGGAUGAUGAUGUGGAACAGGAAGAGGAUGCUAUUGGAAAUUGAUUGAUUCAUCAUUCACAUUCACACCCUUUGCUUUCGUUUCUUUGCUUCAAUAUUGCUGCUUAAUUUGAUUCUGGUUUUCAUUUUCGUGUGCGUGUAUAUGCUUGAAUCCACGAAUAAUGGUGGUGAUUUAUGUUUUUUGUGAUUAUAUCUUCCUAAUUUAUUCAUUACUGCUUAUUUUGUGUA